AUGACUACCUGUUGUUGUCAAUCAAUCGAAGAAGAAUUAACAGUCGAAGUUAAACAUGCGACGGAAUGGAUGAAAAAUCUACCGAGAGAACUUCAUAAUGAACCAAUUACAAAAAUUGCUAUUCCAGGUACACAUGAUUCAUUUGCUUUUUAUCUAUCUCGUCAUGCUGGACCGGAUAUGGAUGCGAAUUUAAGACGUCUUCAUGUUUUAAUUAGUCCUAUUAUUAAAAAUUGGAGUAUUACACAAAAUUUAACCUUUGCUGAACAAUUAUAUAUUGGUAUUCGUUACUUUGAUUUACGUGUUUGUCGUACAACAGAUUCGAAAUUAUCUUCAAAAAGUCCAUUUACAUUUACACAUGGUUUAUUAGGUGGGUUAGUACGUGAGGGUCUUGAAGAAAUCAAUGGAUUUCUAAAUAAACAUCCAAAAGAAAUUAUUCUACUUGAUUUUAAUCAUUUUUAUGAUUUUAAUGAUCAAUGUGGUCAUGAACAAUUAAUUGAACUUAUACAUGAAAUAUUUGGAAAAAAAAUUUGUACAACAGCUGAAACAAUUCUUGAAUGUACAUUGAAUUAUUUAUGGAAUAAUCAACAACAAGUUAUAUUACUUUAUGAACGAAAUCGUGAUCAAUGUUCAGCAUAUAUGGAUCGAAUUGGACAUUUUUUUCAGAUUUGUCAAUCCCCAUGGCCAAAUACACCUCGAACAGAUAAUUUAUUUAUUUUUCUUGAUGAAAAAGUUUCAGUACCUCGAUCUACAACGUGUAUUAAUGUUAUACAAGGUCAAAUAACACCUGAUACUGCUACAAUACAAAAUAAUCCAUUUAGUUCACUUGAAACUCAUGCAAGAGAAACAAAUAGAAGAUUAAUUGAAUGGCUUUCAUUACGUCAACGUGAUCCAUCAUUAAUCAAUGGUGUAAAUGUAGUUAUUUGUGAUUUUGCUGAUCAAUUAUUUGCUGAUACUGUUAUUAAACUUAAUCAUAAAAAUCUUACAUCUCUAUAA